ACAUUUAUUAUUAUCCUCUUUGAAUUUAACCCUAUUGUGUAUUUGUUUAUAAUAUUAUGCUAUUUGAAAUUUGCAGUUGCCUAGUGACUAUUAACUAUUUAUCAUCUUGGUCAUAUAAUUCACAUCACGAGAGUAUUUUUUUGUAAAUAGAGUUUAUCCUAGUCUCGUUAGCCUCGUCAUUCCUAGAGGAUUUUUUUAUGUUUUCGCUAUCAGUUACACAAUUUUUUAAGGUGGUUACGAAAGCGAAAACAAGAACAAUCAUGGCAAAAAAGAUUGAAAGACAUUAGCCAAAACUAUUUUCAAAUUGAAUAAUGGAUGGUGGUGAUCGAAUGUUAGUUGCAGCGGGGCUCACAGCGGCGGUUGUUGUUGGUGCAUUCGUGCUGUGGGGUCCUGGUGGCGCCCCUAAAGUCCGCAAACGUAGAGGCCAGAUAGCUGGCUUACAAAACCUCGGCCGGACAUGUUUUCUUAAUACUUUGCUCCAGGCGCUUGCGGCGUGCCCUACUUUCAUAGAGUGGUUGAGGAAAUACGCGAAAUCCGAUGGACAUAAUAGCAUGAUUACAACUCUGUAUACUGUAAUUGAAGUUGUCAAUGGAACUCAUGAGUCAGCUCGGGGGACACCAGUGUGUCCCCUUGGUGUCCUACAAGCUUUACGAGCAGCAGGUUGGGUAGUACCAGCCGAUCAGCAAGAUGCCCAUGAGCUGCUGCAUGUACUGCUCACCUGUAUUGAGGAGGAAACUGCUGCUAUGGCAAAAAAGCCUGGAUGUCUAUCCGACGCCUUAGGACUCGGCGGCGGAAAGGCCUGGUCCGCCCUGGCGUCUCCCGCGUCUCCGCCCUCGGGCUCCUUCGGCCCGCGACCCGCAAGACCGGCCUCCGCCGCGCCGGCUACCGAACCGGACUCAACCGAUCCAGACGAACCCGAGACGGAGCCUCCACCUCUGCGCAAGGGCGUGUCGCGGUCCUUCUGUCAGCUGAGCGGCCUGGGUCGUCGCUGGGCCUGUGCGCCUUCUCGGCCCGCUCCAGCGCCGCCCUUCAACGGCACUCUCGCGUCGCGCACCCACUGCACCGUGUGCUCCACGAAGAGUCCGAUUCGCUACGACAAGUUCGACAGCGUGUCGCUGUCCAUGAGCGACGCCGGCACCGGUCCGGCCGGGAGCUACGCCUUGGCCGGCCUGCUGCGCGCCUUCACAUCCCCGGAGAUGGUGAGUGGUGUGAGAUGCGGGCGCUGCGCCCCCCGGGUCGACGCGGCCGCGGACCAGACCACCAAACACAUCCGCACACUCAGCUUCGGCAAGCUGCCGGCGUGUCUGUGCCUGCACAUCUCGAGGGUGGAGUGGGGCGUCGGCGGCCUCAGCAAGAGGGGCGAGUUCGUCGCCUUCCCCGAGACGCUCAGCUUAGCUCCCUUCACGGCGGCGACUCAGAAUCGAGGAGUGGAUAUAUCGAUGGUACUGAGCGAGGCGCGUCUGCGCAGCGGUUUGUCAGCGCUGAAGGCGGCGGGGGCGGAAGCGUCGGCGGGAGCGGAGCGCGCCCUGUAUCGGCUGACAGCGGUCGUCGUGCACGUGGGCGGACCGAGGUCCGGCCACUUUGCUACGUAUCGCCGCGGGAAUGGCUUCGAGAGCAAACGGUGGUGGUACACGUCGGACACGUUGGUGCACGAAGUGUCCCUGCAAGAGGUACUGCGGUGCUCCGCAUAUCUGCUCUUCUACGAGAGGGCGGCCCCGCCCCUCAACACUCACUUCUAGCUCUCCGGUUGAUAUCUGUUGUUAUUAUUUUAUAUACUUAAGUUAAUUGCGAAAUAGAGUUUUUAAUGGGUUAGAAUUGCUGGUCUACCGAGUUGUGCCAUUGUGUUUAUUUUUGAAAUGUACUUGUGACUUCGAAUGAACAAUGAUAUGAAUUUCAACAAACGUGACUCAUGAAAUUUGCCUUGUCAUCUUAAUAUGUUAUAGGAAUAACCUUAAGGAUGAAUAGGUAGGUAAUCAACGCUCUUUGCAUAUUUGUAAAGUCCUUCUCUGAAUGUUUUGUUGCUGCCAGCUUAUGGGAGGUAGAGCUCAGCACUAACUGUUGCGGAAUAUCAUGUACUUAAACUUUGCAUUUAUUGUGCAUUUUAGCACACAAAUUGUAAGAUAUUGUAAUCACCUCUAUUUUACUACACCUUUGAUACUUAAUGUUUCCUCAAAUUUAAAAUACAUUUUGAAUAAUAAUAAAAGAAGCCUGUAUUAAUGUUUGAUAAUAGAGGAACUGUGAAUGACAUUAUUUAACCCUUGUUUCUUUCUCUCUCUUGUGUGCAAAUUGGUAACACUUACUUUAUAUAUGACAAUGCUCAAAUGCUUGUUUCUGUAUAUUCAGAAUCUAAUAUUCUUAGAGUGAGUCUGGAAUUUCACUUGAUUGAGUACUGGGCAGUAUCCAGCAUAAUGUAUCUAAAUGAGAGAUUGAAAUUAUGGCUUUUAGUAUAAUCAUAAAAAUUGGUGCUGAUAUGCAAGCAGGAUUUGUUUUGUAAAUAUAUGUAUGUUUUUUAUGAAAUAAAUGAAAGUUUCACUGUC